AUGGGGUUUAUUAUACCCGGUAAAUCAUUAAAGUCGCUAAAGCCACUGCUGUCACAAGGACCUCAACUCAAAAGGAGAAGGCGAAAUCAAGUACAACGAGUAAAGCGUGCAAAAGUCACUCCACCGUUGAAAACUACACUCCAGUCACAAGACAACUCAAAUAAAACACGCCACAAACUAACAAUCAACCAUCUACCUAUAAACUUAAUGUAUAGGAUAUUUCUUCUAGCUGGUCCAAAUAACAAUUUACCCUUACUCAACAGGAGUAUGUAUGCCAACUUACAAUUUGAAGGGGAUUACCAAGGAUCCUCCGACAUUGACACUAAAUCAUGGCCUCAUUACUCAUUGGCCCUACAAAUGAUAAAGAUGUAUUUUGUUGCCGAUUUAAAUACUCGACUAGAUACCGACGCCAUUAAUGCAAAAAUCAAAUACUAUGAAUUAUGUAUUGACAGGUUGAAACAAACUCAUAUGGAAGUCGAACGUAGCACCUUUUAUCCCAAAUUGCAUGACAGUUUGAAGGAGCUUAAAUUAUUAUGGCAAGAUUAUACAUCCGUGGCCGGAAGAUAUGUCGUUGAUGCGUUGAUCCUAAACUAUCGAUUCGUAUCGAGCAAGUUAUUGAAAACUUUAAACCUGGUUACAUUUGGUGAUAAGAAUCACAAACGACUGCUUCUUCGGUACAAAUCUCGAAGCGAUAUACACUUGAAUCGCAAAUUGAGAUUAAUGUUUCUCAAAGUGAAAUUCAGUGAAAUCGAUUCGUUAGCAAAACGGGUUAAUCUCGAAUUGAGAACGGAGAAUUUUGCACAUUCAUCAACGCAUGAUAUAUUUGACAAAUAUUUAAAGUUUAUCAACUGCAAAGAUGAACUGGACUUGCUUUACGAUUUGGAUCCAUUGGGAGAGGUAUUCGAAAAUCCUAUUUUACCAACCUACGACGAUGAACAAGUUACUGGAGGGGGUGAAUUUUCAACAAAUGAGAUGAACUUUUACAAUUUCAGCAAUGGAUUGAGUUGCGGACAUGUGUACUUUGGUGAAGUAGAGAGCAAUGAAAACCAAUUUACAAUCCCCAACCACAUAUACAUCAAAAGCAUCUCAUCGCAACGAUACUUUGACAUAUUAUGCUUUCUUCUUACCCAGCCACGUAAAAAGACCAAAGCUGAUCACAUAAUCGAUGAAAUACUCAAAGCAAGGAAAACAGACGAAUAUUCUGGCACCAAAGUGCCUUAUCUUAACGAGGUCACCCAAAUCAUCUUUGACGACUCAACGUAA